GGCAAUCGCGCAAUCGAAAGUGUUGCGCUGCCUAGGAAGGUGGCGCUCCAUGCGCUAGUUCGGCCAACAUGGCCGCUAAGUGUAGUGAGUGUUAGUUUCGUGUCAACAAAAAAUGUCAACAAAUCGCCCCCCUGGGUCCCUUAGGAAAAGGGGACACCAACAUCACCCCCGUAAUGAAGGCACCAGACAUAAGCCGCUUUUGGAACCAGUAGUUUUGGCACCGUUGAGUGUGUACAGUGUGGAUAAUGUGUUGACAAAUAGAGAAAGGGGGGCCCAGCAAACCAAAACAUUGCAAGAAAAUGUAAAAGUUGAAGAAACGCGAACGGAAUUGGGGGGUGACAGUAGUAGAGAAGCCAAUUGUGAUAUUCCAGUGAUAGAUUUAACCCAAUGUGAUGAUGACAUAGUAGAAGUUAGGCCCGAUAACUUAGAUUCUAAUGCUAGUAGUAAUGUAGAACCGUAUGUGGCUAAGAGUUUGAAGAACGACAAAAACCAACGUAUCAGGAAGUCGAGGAAGAGCAAAUCCAAGCAUGAGUCGUCGCAAAAAAGUGUGGAAUCUCGAAAAGCCGUCUGCCAGAGCGAGUUGCUCUUCGCAGAGGACGAUAUGUCUCUGGUGCAGAGACCCGAGGCCGAGGGCUCAAGUUUAAGCGAUCAGGAAACAGAAAAGUCUGAUCUGGACCCCGAAAUGGAGGAGUUAUCCAAGCUACGCUGUACGUCCGAACGGACCGAAGUGUUAGCCGAAAAGGAGAUGAGGAGGCGAGGUCGGCGAUGUGCCGACUAUCCAGGCCUGGCCUUCAGUUCCAUCUUCAGCUCUGACACCCUGAUGAAAUUCAGCAUCAUCAAGAACGAGAUACAGAAUAUCAUGAACACCCAGUUGAAAAGGGCUGAGUCUGAGGUCGCAGCCCUCAACAGACGUAUCCAACUUUUGGAAGAAGACUUGGAGCGUUCUGAGGAACGUUUAGCUACUGCCACCGCUAAACUAGCUGAAGCUUCCCAAGCUGCCGAUGAAAGCGAAAGGAUACGCAAAGCGCUGGAAAACAGGACGAACAUGGAAGACGAUCGCGUAUCCAUCUUGGAACAACAGCUUUCCCAGGCUAAACAAAUCGCCGAAGAGGCCGAUAAAAAAUACGAAGAGGUAGCCCGGAAGCUGGUACUAAUGGAGCAGGACUUGGAGCGAGCAGAAGAAAGAGCGGAUCACGCAGAUAGCAAAAUCGUAGAACUGGAGGAAGAACUUCGCGUAGUAGGCAACAACCUCAAAUCGCUCGAGGUCUCUGAAGAAAAGGCGACGUUAAAAGAGGAAGAGUAUUCGCAGGCGUUAAAACAAGUCGAGCAGCGACUAAGAGAGGCUGAGGCUCGUGCUGAAUUCGCGGAACGUUCAGUCCAGAAACUGCAGAAGGAGGUCGACAGACUCGAAGACGACCUCUUAGCAGAGAAAGAAAAGAACAAAGUCCUCGCAGACGAAAUGGAAGCCACAUUACAUGACAUUCAAAACAUGUAGACCUGCAUAGUCUUUAAGCUCGCGGAUACAUCGGUUUACUAUUUGCUACAUUCAAUUUUCACGUGUCCUCUACACAUGUUAGGGAGGCUUUUUGCCUUGCAAAGUGCUAAUAACGCGACUCCGGGAACGUUUUUAGCCCUCAUUAGCUCAGGAGAUGUAUGAAGCCAAAACAUUCCAAUAGGACCAAUUUUUCCAGUAAAUGAUAUGCCGAUUAAGCAACAGGCUGAAGAAAAUUUUUAUUUGGUGCUUUUUCUUUAUAAAAUUUAAGGAUUUGCUUUGGAAAUGGUGGGCGAGUUUGCGGCGCAAACUUGCGCAUCAUUUCUGAACUUGCGGAUUAACUCGACUAUGUGUGUAACAAAACCGGAUAUAGACGAGUUAUGGGGAACAUAUUGUCGCACAAAGGGACACACUUCGGGCGUAUAAUCAUAGUUCAUUUUUUUUCGGACCUUCAAUCAGUAAACUUGUUGGGUUUCUAGCUAACGUUAAUAUUCCGGCCGUGUUUUUGCUUCUUAAAAAACUUGUGGUUUCUUGGGGUUGGGUCCGUUUUAGUUGCAAUAUGAACGUUAAACCACCACUGCCAUGCCUAUCGAAGAAAAAUGGCCGUUUUUACUUAUUUACAUGCGACCACUUUUCCUGUUUCUUCGAUGAGGGAAACGCAAAAGAAAUAUGUUCGAUUGUCUCAGUGU